AUGUCUGGUAGUGAGUUCACGGGUCCCAACCUUAACAUUCGGUUAACGUGUCCUGAAUGUCGUAUUUUCCCACCGGAUCUCAUUGAACGGUUCAGUGAAGGAGAUAUUGUGUGUGGAAGUUGCGGGUUGGUGUUGAGUGAUCGAGUUGUUGAUACUCGGUCUGAAUGGCGUACUUUUAGUAACGACGAUCAGAAUGGUGAUGAUCCUAGUCGUGUGGGAGAUGCUGGGAAUCCUUUACUUGAUACUGAAGAUUUGAGUACGAUGAUUUCGUAUGUUCCCGAAAACACUAAAGUUGGUAGGGAAUUGAAUAGAGCUCAAUCCAAAUCACUUGUUGAUAAGAAAGAUAAUGCUUUAGCGGCUGCCUAUGCCAAAAUAGGACAGAUGUGUGAUGGUUAUCAAUUACCUAAAAUUGUUCAAGACGCAGCUAAAGAAGUUUAUAAAUUGGUUUAUGAUGAACGAUUAUUAAGAGGGAAAUCACAAGAACUGAUUAUGGCAGCCGCUAUUUUCAUUGGAUGUCGUCGUGCCAAUGUUGCUCGGUCUUUCAAGGAGAUUUGGGCUUUAACUAAUGUCCCCAGAAAGGAAAUUGGUAAGGUAUUCAAGAUUAUGAAUACUAUUAUCCGGGAAAAGAAUGCAUCUUCCAUGUAUUUCACUCCGGAUAAUAUUCAAACCACUCAAACGUCUGCUGAGGAUUUGAUCAGACGGUUUUGCUCUCAUUUGGGUGUUAGUGUUCAAGUCACUAAUGCUGCAGAGCAUAUCGCUAGAAGAUGUAAAGAAGUUGGGGUUUUAGCUGGUCGCUCUCCUAUUACUAUAGCAGCUACUGUUAUUUAUAUGGCAGCACAAGUAUUCAAUACUGAUCUUCAGCCUUCCAAGAUUGCAGAUAAGACUGGAGUUUCCGACGGGACAAUUAAGACCAGUUUUAAAGUUAUGUGGGAAGAACGAGAGAAGCUUAUUGAUCCAUUGUGGAAGGAAAGUGGUAAAAUCAAGCUUACAGAACCUAUUAAGGUAUAG